AACAAGGCGAGGUGGCAUUAAAUCGCUUUUGAGUUUCAGUGAUAAGUCCAUGAUCAUUGUGCAAGUGAGUUGGACAAUGAUAAUAGGGCACCUUGGCGGGUGAGGCAAGUGUCCCCCGAACAUUAGGUAGCUGACUCUCUGGUCUAAAAGGUGCUGUUUUAAAACAAAGCCACACUGUUGAGACAACACAACGUGCAAUACUCUCUGCAAUCCCUUUUUUCACCUAACAAAGUAAAGAAAGUGGGGGAAGAAAGAAAUAUCGGAGAGGAUAAGUGAGUAUGGAGGUCCGAUACAACCAGGAGACAGAACUGGGGAUGGGGCUGGAUGAUGGACUAAAGGAUGGGAAAGACGGCAAGGAUUCCCAGGGAAACCUUCCCAAAACCUUCCUAAAGGAUCAGCAGGAGUCCUUCUCGCGAUCUGGGAUGGUGGAAAACUGUGAGAAGAAAGGUGGGAUCACAGGGGACCCAGACUACUGCCGGAGAAUACUUGUCCGAGGUGAGAGGAUUUCUACUCGUAUGUAAUAAUGCUGCAGCGUAUGGGGUCUAUUUACUCAUUGCUUUAGUUUAUAUGUAUCCACAGGAUUAAAUAAGAUAAUUUGCUAUGUGGGAUAUGCUGAAUUGCCAGACAGAAGUUUUGGAUAUGGGAUUCAGGUAUAGGCUUUGUGUAGACUCAAGAAGCGUAGGAAUAGCUUUUGGUUUAACAGACAUACUGCGACAUGGUUCCCAAACAAAUUCUCUGUUUUUAAACUGUGUCUACAAUAUGUUUGAGACAUUGGGAUGGAUUACAUUUUUUAACCGUUAGAAACGUUCAACUUGUUAAUUAUACUGUUUUUAUUUGACACACAGAAGCACAUUUUCCCCUAGUGCUAUUUGGUUUAUGUUGUUAUUUUAUUACUCUUUCAUUUUCAGAAAAGGCACAGGAAAAUGAGGCACUAUCUGUUAACAAUGCGCUAUAGCCUUCUGGGGGCAUUCUCGGGAGAGAGUGCAACAUUUAGCAAAAAAACAAACAUGGUAGUUUUAGUCAUUGUACAAGUAUUUUUGACUUUUUCUAAAACCAUUCUGAAUGAAUAGUAAAUACAAACAUAAAAGAGUAAAUACAAACAUACAUUUUGAGCACUUUUGUAAAAAUGAACUAUGUGCAUAUUUUCAUGACGUAUGUAACCCCUGUGACAUACUCCUUCUAUCAAAAUGAUUUACAUUCACAACAAUUUCGUUUCUUCUGCAAUUGAAUUAUAGGGCACACUUAUAGAAUCAUAGCACACCUUUAUUUAAGAUUUCUAAAUACAUUUGGUUUUAAAAUUAAGAAUGAAUUUCAUGCUACUAUAUAAUAUACAAUUUGUCUCUAUGAAAACACACUAUUUGUAUUUGAAAACAAUAUUCACAAAAGUGUAAAAGGAUAUGAUACACAGGUUUUCGCUAUCUUAUCUUAUUCAGAUACAGAUGUUGAAUAAGCAAUACUAAAGGACGUCAAAUGUAUUUGCUUAUAUCAUCUUUGAUUCAAGGUAUUUCAUAUGUAGUUAAUAAAAAUACAUUUGUUAAUUGUUAUGAGUGUCAUCUGGCCUCAGGGGUAAAUUGUAGCAGAAUAUGCACACAUCAUUUAUCUAAUCUGUUUAACACAGUUGGUCAAACAUAGAGACUGUUUAAAAACAUGAAUAAUCCUUGCUAAUUGGUAUAGAAAUAAUUUAGCAAAUAAAUGAAAACUACUUUCAAACAUAAAUGUUCAUACUUUCAGGUUAUCUUUUGCUGCUUUUAAAUGAUGAGAGAAAUAAUAAUACUUUUGAGUUCAUUGAGUAAAUUCUUAAGAAAUAACCUUUUCAUAUAAUCUUUUCUCUCUUUUCUAUUAAGUAAAUAAAAGCUAAUACAGCUAUGGAAUUAAUAUCAAAUCAAAUGAUUUAAAUGUAUUUCCUUGAAUUAUUUUUCCAUUCACAUGAUAAAAAGUACAACUUUUUAACUACACAUUAGAUUUGGAUUGUAGAAAACUAGAGGAAAAACACUUGAGGUUAGUUUACUCAUUUUAGGUUGGUCAAAGGAAAUUAUCACAAUGAAAUAAAAAUAAAAUAUCAUCAUAUUCUGUAGAUUUAAAAAAAAUCAACUUUCUUCUGUAAACUGCACUUUUCAAAUGAAUUAAAUACUUUUUUUAAAACUGGUUUAAGUGCAUUUGAGGUUACCCGUAGUUAGCCUGCAAAGUACACUAGUUGGUUGGGAAAAUGUCAGUGUAUCAACUGAAGUAAUGCAUAUAACUGUGGUUGAUAUUAUGCAUUGUAUGCAUUCAUAUAAAUAAUGCACCAUAUUCAUGUGCAUACCUGGAUGGUUAAUUUUUCAAUUUUGCAGACAUUCUUAGUUAUCAGAAAAUAUUGUAUUGUGUAAUGUAAUUAAAUAGAGAUGGACAUAGAUCCUCAGUUUUAUUAGCCUAACAUUAUGUAUUUUCUAUUAUGUCUUUUAUUUUGGAAAUAUAGUAAAAUCAUCAUAGAUUUGUUCAUACAGCUUUAUGCUAGGUACUGCAACAAGACCUAAGUAUUUCAUUGAUGGCAAUCAUUCAUUUCAUGGACAACAGUAGGCAUACACAUAUUACAAAAAAUUAUGAAUGGUCAUUCUGAUGUGCUUAAGAUCAGAUUAAUAGAUCACUUUAUUGGUCAAUUGCAACCGAAAUUUGACUUCCGCUUUUAACCCAACCCCUCCAAAACACAGGUUUUUUGGAGAGGUGCAGGGGGGCUGUUAAGUGCUUUGCUCAAUGGUAGGCAAUGGCAUCGAGAAUUUGAUACCAGCAACCCUCUGGUUGCCAGCUCACUUCCCAACAGAUUUUUCCUGUCAGAUUGUGGAUUUGAACUAGCAACCGUCCGUUUUCUGGCUCGCCUCUCUAACCACUAGGAUACCUGAUGACCCACAAGUGUUUCUAAAUUUGAAUAUAGCUAUCAUUGAUGAAGCUUCAAUGGUCACGUGUUCUUUGUUGUAGAUGCCAAAGGGUCUAUCCGAGAAAUCAUUCUGCCAAAGGGACUGGAUUUGGACCGUCCCCAAACGAACCCGGACCUCUUUCACCGCAGAGCAACUCUAUCGUCUGGAGAUGGAGUUCCAGAGGUGCCAGUAUGUGGUUGGGAGGGAACGGACAGAGCUGGCCCGCCAGCUAAAUCUAUCUGAAACUCAGGUAAUUCAAGCAACAUACUAUAUAUGUGCCUAUUUCCCUCUGUCCAUCAGUAAAUAAAAAGGGCAAACACAAUACCAACUCUAUAUUCUGUGUUGUCAUAGAUAAUAUGUUAUGGGAUUGUUCAAUAAAGUGCCUUUUGGGUAGUGUAAUUUUGUAAAUAAUAACUAUUUAUUUGACCUAAUUUUAACAUUCUGUCAUAAAGAACACAUGUUCAACUUCAUGAAACACAUGUUUUCCCAUCUCAAGAGGUUCAAUUAAGAAAAAUGAAAGUGCCAAUUAAAGUAAAAGGGUUAACAGUUUCAUCUUAAAUCAGCCAUAACUCCCAUUGUGACAGGGAGAAUGGAAGCUUGUUGUUUGCAACAGGGAAGGGCAAUUGAAUGCAAGCUUAACAAAACAUUUGAACUUUUAUAAAAAAUGUCUAGCCUAUCUAUGCAUGGGUAACAUGGUUGAUGUGUUAUGCUUGACAGGCUCAGUUUUCCACCACAAAACACCAGAAAAUGGCCUAAAAGAAUAGAACCAGCUCACCUGCUUUUACAUUAUGAUUUGACUAUUAGAUGUUCAAUGUUUCUUUUGAAAAAAUAAUUUUAUGAAAACACUAUUAUUGGAAUAUGGUUACAUUUAGUUAGAGCGUAGAUGUACACUACAUGACCAAAAGUAUGUGGACACCUGCUCGUCGAACUUCUCAUUCCAAAAUCAUGGGCAUCAAUAUGGAGUUGGUCCCCCCUUUGCUGCUAUAACAGCCUCCACUCUUCUGGGAAGGCUUUCAAUAGAUGUUGUAACAUUGCUGCAGGGACUUGCUUCCACUCAGCCACAAGAGCAUUAGUGAGGUUGGGCAUUGAUGUUGGGCGAUUAGGCCUGGCUCGCAGUCGGUGUUCCAAUUCAUCCCAAAGGUGUUUGAUGGGGUUGAGGUCAGGGCUCUGUGCUGGCCAGUCAAGUUCUUCCACACCGAUCUCGACAAACCAUUUCUUUAUAGACCUCGCUUUGUGCAUGGGGGCAUUGUCAUGCUGAAACAGGAAAGGGCCUUCCCCAAACUGUUGCCACAAAGUUGGAAGCACAGAAUCGUCUAGAAUGUCAUUGUAUGCUGUAGCGUUAAGAUUUCCAUUCAGUGGAACUAAGUGGCCUAGCCCCCCCCCAAAAAAAAAAAUUAAACUGCCCCAGACCAUUAUUCCUCCUCCACCAAACUUUACAGUUGGCAAUAUGCAUUCGGGCAGGUAGCAUCUCCUGGCAUCCGCCAAACCCAGAUUAGUUUGUCGGACUGCCAGAUGGUGAAGUGUGAUUCAUCACUACAUAGAAUGCAUUCCCACUUCUCCAGAGUCCAAUGGCGGCGAGCUUUACAGCACUCCUACAGACGCUUGGCAUUGUGCAUGGUGAACUUAGGCUUGUGUGCGGCUGCUUGGCCAUGGAAACCUAUUUCAUAAAGCUCCCGACGAACAGUUCUUGUGCUGACAUUGCUUCCAGAGGCAGUUUGGAACUCGGUAGAGAGUGUUGAAACCAAGGACAGAUUAUUUUUAUGCGCUACGCGCUUCAGCACUCGGCGGUCCCGUUCUGUGAGCUUGUGUGGCCUACUACUUCGCGACUGAGCCGUUGUUGCUCCAAGACGUUUCCACUUCACAAUAACAGCACUUACAGUUGACCUGGGAAGCUCUAACAGGGCAGAAAUUUGACGAACUGACUUGUUGGAAAGGUGGCAUUCUAUGCCACGUUGAAAGUCACUGAGAUCUUCAGUAAGGCCAAUCUACUGCCAAUGUUUGUCUAUGGAGAUUGCAUGGCUGUAUGCUUGAUUUUAUACACCUGUCAGCGACGGGUGUGGCUGAAAUAGCCGAAUCCACUCAUUUGAAGAGGUGUCCACAUACUUUUGUAUAUAUAGUGUAUGUGAUACAACUGUUGUGUUUUAUCAAAAUCUACACACAUAAUGUCACGAGCAUAAAAGGCACUCAAGGAACGACCCUUAUGUAUUUUCAAAUCUUAUCUCAAAUGUGAAAAAUGUUGCUUUACAUAUUGUCAUCAUACUUGUUGUCAUAUCCCAUUCCAAUACAGUCUAUUUAAAUGUUACUAUAACCCAGCUGACAUUUUAUUUAGCAUACUGAUUAGUUCAUUGUUUCUAACUAAAAUAAUUUAAGAUAAUUAAGAAAUGUGGAAAACUGUUUCACUGAUCAUAUAGUUCAAGCAAUAGUAUUGUUAGUUAAUGAUCAUAUGCAAAACUCAAAUCAAAUAUAUUUUGUUGUAUUUUGCUUAGUGAACUAUGCAAUCUCAGUUCACUGCAAUCUCAGUAUAUUCUAUAGCCAUGUUAGCCAUAUUUUCAGUUUCUAGUCCACAGGCCUUAGCUUUGGGGGUCAGGGAAAGGUCAUGCUGCACCCACUGUCGGUGAACUGUAUUUUCACUCGUCUGCUCGCUCUCGACAACCGGUGCCCCCGCACAUUGACUCUGUACCGGUACCCCCUGUAUAUAGCCUCCCUACUGUUAUUUUAUUUUACUGCUGCUCUUUAAUUUAAUUAUUUGCUAUUUUUAUUUUUUACUUAACACUUUUUUUUAUUUUCUUAAAACUGCAUUGUUGGUUAAGGGCUUGUAAAUAAGCAUUUCACUGUUGUAUUCGGCGCAUGUGGCAAAUAACAUUUGAUUUGAUUUGACAAGAGAUACCAAACUUAUUUAUUACCCUUCAAUGUUUUCACUUCAGGGAAAUCCUGCUCUCAGGCCGACAUAUUUGCAGCACAAUUGUAUUUAUUGAUUUAUCUUGCUGGCCAAUGGCAUAGUCAGCUGCAUUUGCAUAUGUUUAUUACGUAUGUCAUGAAUGCUUCAUUGGGCCUAAACAAGCUAGACUUUAGACAGAGGUUAGACUGGAGCAUUAUGCUCAGGUAUUUUCUGUGAGUCACAACAUAGACCCGUGUUUCUCUCACACAUUUCUGAUCAUUAUAAGAAAUAUUCAUUAUGAUCUGGCGGAAUUUAUAAUGUAGCAUAUACAACAUUUAAAAAUGAUAAAUACAUUUUUUUUCUGAGCCAUACAUUUGAUGCUUUUAUUUUGUAUGUAGCUACAGUAUACAUGUGGUUUACCAUGUCAGCACACAUUGAAUUCAGAAUUCUUUGGUGGUUUUUAGAAGAGAAUAAUGGUACUUUAGACUUCACACAGCCGUUAGGUCCCCAUUCACGGGGAGGACAAUAGGCUUGAAUUUCUUAACGUCUUUUCACAUGCAACAUUAAAUGUUCCACGCAGCCAUGCUACUUGAUUACUUUAAAUCUUCAAAUGUCUUGUUCAUGCAUUGAUUAAGUAGUCUCUAAUGACGAUAUCAUGAAAUUAACAUUUUGUUCCAAGGCACUCUUGGGGUGUUACAUUAAGAAAUGACAGCCAUUUGCUGAAGUGUGCACACCUAAUCAUCUUUGUUUGGGUUGUUGGCUUCAGAGCCCCUUGUUGGACAUUGUUGAAAAUGUAUCCUCUCAGAUAAAAUAUGUUCACCAAUAGUUUAGGAUAUUCUUAUAACAUGAGGGUAUAUGGUUAUCAUAAUGUAAUUCCUUACUUCCAGAGUGUAAAAUAGAUUUGCGAUAUACCCACUAACAUUGUGAAUUUACUGAGUUGUUGAUCUAUAACAACAACAACAUGAAGGAAAACAUGCUAUUCAGAUGUGAUUGAAGUAGCUGCAGUUUGAGGUACUGUAGCUGGAGGCUCAUUGAUUGAGACACAUUCACUCUAAUUAUGGCACAUAUGAAAGCAAUCAGGUUUGAUUGCCACAGACAUGAUAGAGGUGGGGAAAAACAUGAAGAAAAUGCAAAAAAAUACAAACUCCUGUUAUACAUUUUUUUUUAAAGGAAUAUAAUAUGUACAAUUGAUAUUUAUAAAACCCAUAUGGGAAAAGAUAGGUAUAUUUGUAUUGUUGAAUGACUAUCAAACAUGUGGAAUAGAAAUGCGUUUACUUUACUAUUCAAUGUCAAAAUGGCCUCUUCACAAACACAUUUUUUUCUUUAUCCACUUGAAUAGGAAUACAAUAGCCAUGUUUAUCUGUCAUACACACUUUACAUUGUCACACCCCAGUCCUUGUUAUACUUCAGACACACACAUACAGAUAUACUCAUCAGGACCAGCCUCAACUCAAUCCAUUUCUCAACUUACUGUUGAGAGUUAGCAUAGUAGAAUACACAAGGUGCAAUUUUGAAAUUUGGUUGUGCAUCUGCAGUUUUUCUCUUGUUAUGCCAGUCACUGCCAGUCACUCAAUUAGCCAUGUCAGCUAACUAUUUCUAGAUUGGUAAAUUAGUCUAGCCAGCUAUCUAAACUUGAAGUAAUCAUGGCCAAAUACCAACCAGGCACGCAGGGCAUGCAAGGCAUGUGCCCCGGGGCCCUGACCUUCAAGGGGCCCCCAUUGAUUUUGUAAAUCAUCCUCACUCAGAUAUCAUUAACAUGGCAUAAGGCAUGGCAAAAUGUGUAGAAUUGCAGGAAAUUAGCUGUAAAACUGCACAUUUGAUCUCUCUGCCCCAUGGCAAAAUGAGUAGAAUUGCAUGAAAUGUGUUAUAAAAUUGCUAAAUGUUCUCUACGCCCCAUGGCAAAAUGUGUAGAAUUGCAGGAAAUUAACUACAAUUAAUAUUUGUUUUUCUCUCCGAUGUAUUAUUAUUAUUUAUUAUGAUUAUAGAGGGGGUCCACAAAAGUUUUUCCAGCGAGGGCCCCCAAACCAAAUCUUGCCUAGGGCCACCAAAAGGCUAGGGCCGGCCCUGAUACUCAUUACUAUCUGACCAUGCUUUUGUUGCUUUCAUGUCCUUGAGUUCAUGCUAAACAUUUUAAAGGUCAUGGAAAUACAUUUGAUCAUUUUUUUUUCUUACAUUCUGCAUUUUACUAGGAGAAAAAUAUGUUAUAGAGUUAUUCAUGCCUCCCGUGAUAACAUAUUUUUCUUUACGGAAAGUUUAGCUCAAGUUUAGACCCAAAACAGCGUACUGUAUAGUGUAUGCUCCUACCUGCUAUGAAAAAAGACAAAUUAUGUGUGACUCUGAUGCCCCCUGGUCUCAUUCCCUGAUCAUGCUACCAAUGUUAUUACUAUCACAAUUCAAAUAAUGUGGACAUCAAAGUGUGACCUAUACUGAGACCACAAGGGAAUUCGUAAUUAUUCACAACAAUCCAAAUCAUUCAUUCAUUUUCUACAAACAUUGGUGUUGCAAUAAAUCCCUACAGAGAUUAGAAAAAAUACAUAUUAACCAAAGUAUAUUAAUAGGCCCUAUGUUGCUGAAGGUCUCUACUGCUUAUUUUCUGGCUGAUUUUGAAUUGGUUUUCUGUCCUCCCUCAAGGUUAAAGUUUGGUUCCAGAACCGACGCACAAAGCAGAAGAAGGACCAGGGCAAAGAUUCAGAGCUGCGCUCGGUGGUGUCGGAGACGGCGGCCACCUGCAGUGUAUUAAGACUCCUGGAGCAGGGCCGGCUCCUCACGCCGCCAGGUCUGCCGGGGCUCCUGCAGCACUGUGGCAAUGGCACCCUGGGUGCCGCCCUGCGAGGGCCCUCCAUGGGCAUGGCCAGCAAUGGAAGCAGCAGCAGCAGCAGUGGUGCCAGCUCAGGGACGGCCGGCGGCAGUCCCCCUCUGCCCAUAGUGACCAGUUCAGGGACGGUGGCGGGCCUCCAGAGCUCCCCGUCAGCUCAUGGCCUGUUCAGCUUCCCCAUGCCCUCUCUGCUGGGCAGCGUGGCCACCCGCAUGUCCUCCAAUCCGCUUUCUAUGGCCGGGAACCUGCAGGAACUGUCUGCCCGCUAUCUGAGCUCUUCUGCUUUUGAACCUUACUCACGGACCAAUGGCAAGGAGAGUAUGGACAAAAACGUUUUCGAAUGA